AUGGCGGAGGCCGUUGAGUAUUUACCGAGCUGGGUCAAAGAACUUGAAACAGCUUUACUGGAGCCUUGUGAUUUUGGAACAGUUCGUAACAUCUGCCGGGGUCGUCCAGUACCUGCACAAUUUCGCCCAGAUAUAUGGCAGAUUUGCCUGAAUAUCCAAGGGCGAGGUGAUGCCAUGGCUACGUUUGAUGGCCUUUAUGACAUGGGUGAACAAGCUCAACUCAGAGAAGAUUGUACAAUUCUUGUAGAUAAACUUGGAAAUGAAGAAGAUGACCGUGUCUCAAUUGUGAGUGAUUUAGAAUCAAUAAUUACAUUCUAUAGCAAGUCCAAGAAUGAACCUUACGUUGCAGACAAUGGAUGGUUGGAAGUCAUUCAGCCAUUGUUGGCCAUGAAGUAUAGCAGGACAGAACUUUAUAACAGUUUCUACACUGUUGUUACUAGGUACCUACCCAGGGAAUGUCGGAAAAAUGGUAAACCAUUUCAUUUGUUCCGAUUAUUGCUUCAGUACCAUGAUCCUGAAUUGUGUUCUUUCCUUGAUACAAAGCGUAUUACUCCUGAUGCCUAUGCUCAACAAUGGUUUCGAAGUCUUUUUGCCAGUAUUUGUGAUUUGCAAGUAAUCCAAAAUAUGUGGGAUGUGUAUUUUCAACAUGCAGAUCCUUUCUUGGUCUUCUUUCUUGCUCUUGUUAUACUUGUUAAUGGCAGAGAUCAAAUUAUUAGUGCUGAAAAUGAUAGCAAACAAAGUAUAAUAGAAUCAAUUAGUUCUUUUCCUGCAGCAUUAGAACCAGAUGAUAUUGAAGACUUUUGCUCUUUGGCCCAGUACUAUGCUUCCCGCACACCACAGUCUUUCAGACGGGACUAUCAAUGUCGAUUGUUUGGUAGUUCAUUAGCAUCAAAAGAAGAUGAAUCAAUGCAAGUGUCACAGGCUUUGUGUCUUCCUGUUUCUGUUCAUGAACUGCUGCAACCUAACCAAGCUGGAGUGGGAGACUCUGUUCGGUACUUUGUCGUAGAUUGUCGGCCUGCUGAACAGUACAACAGUGGACACUUACCAACAGCCUUUCACCUUGAUGCCAAUCUUAUGCUCCAGAAUCCCACAGAGUUCAAUUCUGCAGUUGUAGCUUUAUUUUCAACCCAGAAACAAGCAAUUGCAGCAGGCUCAGUUGCUGGUGGAGAACAUCUUUGCUUCAUGGGUAGUGGUCGUGAAGAAGAAGAUCAGUAUGUACACAUGGUUGUGGCUAACUUUUUACAGAAAGGACAUCAGUAUGUCAGUGUUGCCAGAGGUGGUUAUGCAGCAUUACAUGAUGCUCUUCGUGGCAACUUAUCACAAGGAUUGACUGACCACAACUCUAAGGCAUGCAUUGUGUGUAAUCCAGACAUGGUGAGCAGUGCAAGCGAUCUUGAGAAUGGGGAUGAAUUUGAUCCUCCUUCUAUUGGCAAAAUUAAUAGAGACUCUUUGCUUGGUAAAUUGUCUAAUGUAGUAAAAUCUAAAUCGGCAGAAAUGAAGGAAAAAUUGUCUAGUUACAUAAAGAAUGAACAGUCUGUGCCAGAGAGGCAUGUAAGCAGUACUGACAAAUUGGGGAAACGCUACAGGAACAUGGCAUCUGUGUUCACGAUAGGAGAUGAUGAAGAAGAGGAGAGCACAGAUGAAGAACAAAAGGAGGUUGUGAACAUUGAUACCUGGUUGCACAAGUCAGACAUCAAUUACUCAUGUUUGUGUAAGGAGGUGCAAGACAACGGUUACAUGUAUCCCAGCUUUAUCCUGGUGACUGAUACUCAUAUGUUUGUGUUGCGAGAGAUUCCAAAGCAAAAAGGCAUGGCUUACAUUCAGGCUCGUCGCGCUCUCAAGAGCAUCCUUAAGAUAACUUCAAAAAAGAAAUGUCCAGACUUUAUCUCAUUCCGUUAUGGUUACAGCAAUGAGAUGGGUUAUGUUACUGACAUGGAUCGCUUUAUCAUUUCCAAGGCAACGGAAGCCACAACGCACAUUAAAGAAGCAGUUCUUAAAGUGCUUUCUACCCAAGAAGGCUGA